UUACAUCAAAAUAAAUAAGAGUGACCAAAUAUAUGUUAUGUAGCAAACAAGAUGUAAAGGCCAACAGUUUAUGCUUACUUCAGAUAAAGGUUUGCUCAUAUAUAUCCAUCAUCAUCAUCAUCAUCAUCAUAGAAAUAUUACAAUUAUAUACAUACAUUCAUUCAUACAUACAAGAUAUUAUAUUUGAAUUUAUAAUGUAAUUUGUGAUGAUGAUGAUUUAAGGAGUGGGUUUGGCUGCCAUGGAUACUACAAGAAACUCCUCUCCUUGCUUGGAUACCAAAGCCUUAACACCUGAGGACGGCAUUUGCACUUCAAAACUUUAUGUUACUUUAGGCCUCGAAGGUGGAACGGGAAGUCCCAAAAUAUUAUCCUUGUUAUCCUCACUUCUUCAGGAAUCUGUAGAAAAGAACGAAACAUUGUUACAAACAACACAACGUAAAGAUGUUCUCACAAUUUUUCAUGGCUCAAAAGCACCUUCACUUACGAUUCAACAAUACAUGGAACGCAUAUUUAAGUACUCUCGGUGCAGUCCUUCUUGCUUCAUUGUUGCACAUAUAUACAUUCAGAGAUUGAUCCAAUCUGAAAAUAUCAUGUUAACUUCACUUACCGUUCAUCGUCUUUUGAUCACCAGCAUAUUGUUAGCCACAAAGUUCAUUGAUGAAGCAUUCUAUAAUAAUGCAUAUUAUGCAAAAGUAGGGGGAGUAACAACAGCAGAAAUGAACAGAUUGGAGAUGAAGUUCCUUUUUGCAAUCAAUUUUCAAUUGCAUGUAAACCUUAAUACAUUUAGAAAGUAUUGUAUAGAGGUUAUAAGUGAAGCUUCAAGAGAGCAGAUUCAAGUAGACGUAGACCGACCACUGUAUGCCAUUAAUAGUGCCUAUAGUAUCAAAGACAAUUGGUCGAAAAAUGAGAGCAAGUCCAGUUUUCAGCCAACUAUUGAAGUACACAUCAAAUGAAUCAUGUUUAUUCGUAAUUUCGUAUAUUAUGUAAAAUUAAGAUCAUUCUUGAACUACUAAAAAAUCUGUGGUAAACAUUUCAUUAUGCUAUUUAAUCCAUUCAUUAUGAAUAAAAUAUCAGGAAUCAAGGUUAUAUAA